GGAAACAAAUUUGUCGACGCGGGUUUUGGUUUUGGUUUUGGAGUGCCGCGAUGGCCUGGAACUGCCGCUGCUUUCGCCCACCGUAUAAACCCUCAUUAAACUCAUUCUUUCACUCCCCUCUGUUGCAGCAGUUAUUGUUGUCUCUCAUCCAAAAACCUGCAUCGUUUUCCUCUCUCCACAAGGGAUUUUUCUUCCCGCACAAGACAUCGUUCAACCGGUGGGAGUUCCUUCGUCGUCCGCCCAGGGUUCUGUGCGAUUCCAACUCCGGACAGAUAUGGAGGAUAAUUUCCGCCCAAAGGACGUGGCAGAUGCUUUUGUGAGGCAAUACUAUGCCAUCCUCAAUCUAUCCGCGAAGAACACCCACAAGUUCUACCAUGAAUCCAGCCUCCUCAGCUGGCCGGAGCCUGAUGGCGAUACGACACCUGUGACAACCCUAAGUGGAAUUCAUGACAAGAUCAUGGUAUCAGAUCACAAAGAUGGCACGGUGGAAGUGGAAACAGUCGAUGCCCAAGAGUCAUUGGACGGGUCAUUCAUCGUUGCAGUAACUGGUUGGGUGACAUCGAAGGAUAACAUCACCAAGUAUUUUACUCAGACGUUCUUUUUGGCCAAGCAACAACCUCAAGGGUUCUAUGUCUUGAAUGAUAUUCUCCGGGUUCACAACUUGCCUCUGUCAAUAACCGAAGAUGAUGCUGAACAACCUGCCGAAUCCAGUGCUGCAAUCCUUGAAAGUAAUUGUGGUGAGGUUAAAGACACAAAACCUCCCCUUGCAAAGGAAAUUUGUGAAAAUGUUUCUACUUCUACAUCUACUGUCGCUUCUCCUAAGGAACCUUCUCCGGCAUCUCCCCGACCUUCAGAUGCAAAGGCUAGUUCAGCUGCUCCACUGCCCCCACCGCCCCCCAAAAUCACCUAUGCUUCUAUGGUUGCAAAAGAAAUGCCACCAUCUCCAAAAUCUACUGCAAUAGCGGCAACUCAACAUGCCACCAGUGCUGCAAAAGUGUCGAAAUCCAGCAAUGCCGCAACAAAACAAUUAGCUUCCUCGACCAGGGACAUGCCUAAGUCUACAUCCUCUGGCAAUGAUGCUCCUAAUGCUGACGCUUGCGGAGAAGUAAGCAGUGUAUACAUAGGACGGUUGCCCUAUGAAAUAACUAAACAGGGCAUUAUCGAUGUGGUCAAGCAAUUCGGGCCGGUGAGGAGAAGUUCAGACAGUGUCAAGAUCAGAAGACACGAGGAUGGCUUUUGUUGUGCAUUUGUGGACUUUGAAUCUGCGGAAGCUGCACGCAAUGCAGUCGAGACUCAUCAUGUUAGAUUCGGCAACAUGGACGAAAUGCUGUCCUACAUCUCGUACCGGAAGCCCAACCGCAGCCGGAGUUCUGGACGGAGCAAGCUGUCGACCGGAGAGACGGCGGCAGCGGGAGGGCGAAAUACCCAACUGUAAGCAUUCUUACAAACUUAGCUGCCCUGGUGAUUUAAGUUACAGCAUUCUUACAGUAGAUUUUGUCAAAUAACUAGCGUAGAGCUUUUUGUGACAUUUUUGUGCUGUUGGGAGAUGAGAUUCCAUUUCGAUUCAAUGAACAUAAGAACAAUGUUUUCCGCCAAAUCCAAAUCGGGUAAA